AUGAGUAUUUCUAGGGAUAAUGUUGAGAUAUUUGAUUCUGCAAAUUCUAGUGCCGAUGAAGUUGAAAUAAUUGAAGAUUUGGAUGUUGAGGUUGAAAAAGAUAAGAGCUUGCCCAAUGAACCAAAUACCGGGUCAUCUUCAUAUGUGGAGCCGUAUGUGGGGCUACAAUUUGACGAUAUAGAAUAUGCACAUACUUUCUAUAAAGCCUUCUCUAGACGAACUGGUUUUAGCAUUCGAACAAACCAUACCCGAUUGGCAAAGGAAGACAGAUCACUAAUUGGGGUAGAAUAUGUUUGUUCAAGGGAAGGGUUCCGUCGUCAGAAUUUGAAAUCGAAAAAUAGAGUAAGACCCGAGACUGCAAAAACAAAGAUUGGGUGUAAAACAAGAACUUCAAUUAAUGAAUGUUGA